CUGUGUCGUUGCCUCGGCGCCCCUCUACGGCCAGUGCGGAGGGCCACAGCCCUGCCAGUCACCGAGACGAUGCGAGGAGUAGUACACUGGCGUUUAUUUGAGCAAGGCAGUUUUUUCCUGGUUUGCGAACGCACUCCUGCUCGUCCGCCAUGGAGCAGCAUUCUUCCAAGCCGAAGACACCACGUGGGCGCGGGAAAGGGGUUGAAGGGUCGGGAAAGUCGUGGGAGCAAGCAUCGAACUGGACUUCGGAAUCAAAUGAGGUUGUGUACUUGAAAGAGAAUGUUUCUGUUCAUCCAACGCCCUAUGGCAGUGAGAGAAUAACUGGCAGGUUGCGGCUCAUCCGUCAAGGCCACUCGCUCUUCAUGACUUGGAUUCCUUACAGUCAAGGGAGUCUAGCAGAGGAAGGUGCGUUUGUGAUGCUGCCUUCCAAUGUGGGGAAGAGUGGGGGCUCAAGUAAUGGAAAUCCGAAAGAUCGGAAUUUAUACACAAUUCGGGCAGUUUCGGUAUCGGAGAUGAGGUCAAUACGGCGGCAUACACCAGCCCUUGGCUGGCAAUAUAUCAUCAUUGUUCUGACUUCAGGUUCGCCAUAGUUCACAGCGAUGACUCACCCGAAGAGGAAGGAGCCUCAGUGACUACAAGCAAAGCAGACCGAAUAGCUCGCGAGCCUUUUCCGCUC